AUGCCCGAUGCCAUGGAUGUCUUGCGGCUCCUGGCGGUGUCAUGCGGCGUGGUGGGCAGAGCGAGUUCUGUGCUUUCUGUGGACGGCGACAACUUCUACGCGACUCUGCGCGAACAUCCGAGGCUCAUGCUGUUCUUCUACGCCCCUUGGUGCGGACACAGCAAAAAGAUGGAGCCGGAGUUCGAAAAGGCUGCGAGUUCUCUGCAAGGAAACGUGGCCUUCGCAAGAAUCGAUGCCUCCCUGGAGGUGGAGAUUGCAGAAGAGUUCGGCCUCAAGAGCUAUCCCGGCAUCUUCCUCCUACACAGGGCGCACUGGGAAGAGUACACCGGACGAAGACACGAGCAAGCCAUGGUCGAGUGGCUGCGGAACAAAGUCGGACCCGCUCUGGAAGUGAAGAAGUCUGAGGCAGAGCUCCAGACCGCCCUUGCGAAUCGUGGUGCUGGUGCAGCUUUCAUUGCACGUGGCGAUGAGAAGCUGCAGGAGGCCAUGUCGAGGGUGGCCGAGCGCAACCGCUCGCUGGGGAGCUUCUUCUUCCUCCGUGGGCAUGGCCCCAGCGAGGUCUCGCUUCAUCACGGGCUCGGCGAGUCCAUCAACAUCGAGGCCGCCCUCGACAAUCCCGACUUCGAGGGCACUCUGCCCUCGGUGCUCCGGAGCGCGCUGCUCCCGAGCUUCGGGGAGGUGGCCGAGGAAAACUUCUUUCACUAUGAGAGUGGAAACUUUGACGCGCUUCUUUGGGCGCUCUUUGCCAACAGCACAGACGGCACUCCGUGCUCUCGCUCGCGCUGUUUGGAGCAGGCCUGGGAGCAUGCGGAGAUGCUGCGAGCAGUGGCGGACGGCUUCGAGAAUAUCAAGGCCGUCUUCGUGGACGUUCACACCUACAAGGAGUAUGUUGUCAACGAGUUGGGUUGCGACGAAUUCCCUGCUCUUCUGCUGCAGAAAGGGCCCCUUACGGACGACACGCUGCCACGGUACGUGCUCCCGUUCACCAGUGAUCUCGAUGCCAAAGCAAUCACAGCCUGGGUUACCCAGGCAUUGGCUGACGGAGCCACCUCCGAGCCGACAUCGCAGGACGACCUUUGA